AGCUCUUUCUUCUUCCCCAUGAUAAUAAGAGCUUAUUAUAGCUCUUUUUAACCGACACUUUCAUAGUCGCCUUCUGUUAGUUCCUUCACAACACAGAAAGCAUGGUUAUGGUUUCCAGCCAUGGAGGCAAGAAAGAUGCAGAAGACAAUGCUGCAGUGGAUUUUCGUGGCCGCCCGGCGGACAAAUCUCGCACCGGCGGCUGGUUGGCUGCUGGACUCAUCUUAGGAACUGAACUGUCAGAGAGAAUAGUUGUGAUGGGAAUAACUAUGAACUUGGUGACAUAUUUGGUGGGAAAUUUGAAUCUGCCAUCAGCAAAAUCUGCAACGAUUGUGACUAACUUUCUGGGAACUAUGAACCUUUUUGGGCUGCUUGGUGGCUUUCUGGCUGAUGCAAAACUUGGUAGAUAUCUCACUGUUGCUAUCUCUGGCUCCAUAGCUGCUCUGGGAGUGUUUCUCCUCACUUUGGCCACAUCCAUCCCAUCCAUGAGGCCUCCAAAAUGCAGCCAAGUCCGGAGGCAGCACCACGAGUGCACCGCCGCCACUGGCAACCAGCUAGCCCUCCUGUAUGCAGCUCUAUACACCAUAGCAAUAGGAGGAGGAGAUAAGUCCAAUGUUUCAGGGUUUGGAUCAGACCAGUUUGAUACAUCAGAUCCAAAGGAAGAGAGGAAGAUGAUAUUCUUCUUCAAUAGGUUCUAUUUCUUCAUAAGCAUAGGCUCAUUGUUUGCUGUGAUAGUGCUGGUUUAUGUUCAAGACAAUGUGGGAAGAGGUUGGGGAUAUGGAAUCUCAGCAGGAACAACGGUGAUUGCUGUGCUUGUUUUGCUUUGUGGGACCACAUUUUAUAGGUACAAGAAGGCUCAAGGAAGCCCUUUAACUGUUAUAUGGAGGGUUUUGAUUUUGGCUUGGAAGAAGAGGAACCUUCCUUUGCCCUCACAUCCAAGCUUUCUUAAUGGAUACCAUGAAGCUGAGGUCCCUCAUACUGAGAGAUUGAGGUUCCUUGACAAGGCUGCGAUUGUACAUGAAACUGAUCAGAAAGAAGGAAGCAAUUCAUCAUGGCUGGUUUCCUCUGUAACCCAAGUUGAAGAAGUGAAAAUGGUACUUAAGCUCAUGCCCAUUUGGUCUACAGGUAUCCUCUUUUGGACGGUCUACUCUCAAAUGACUACCUUCACUGUUGAGCAAGCGACUUUCAUGAACAGAAAAUUUGGAUCCAUAGAAAUUCCUUCAGGAUCACUCUCAGCUUUCCUCUUCAUCACCAUCCUUCUCUUCACUUCCAUCAAUGAAAAAUUCAUCGUCCCACUCGCUCGAAAUCUCACUCACAACGUUCAAGGACUCACCAGCCUUCAGCGAGUUGGAAUCGGCCUCGUCUUCUCCAUUCUUGCCAUGGUGGUUUCUGCAGUUGUUGAGAAAGAAAGAAGACAAGAAGCCAUAGGAAAUCCCAGCUCCAAGCUCAGUGCUUUCUGGUUAGUUCCUCAGUUCUUCCUUGUUGGUGCAGGAGAAGCUUUUGCAUACGUCGGACAACUCGAGUUCUUCAUUAGAGAAGCACCAGAGAGGAUGAAAUCUAUGAGCACUGGGCUGUUCUUAAGCACACUUUCAAUGGGUUUCUUUUUCAGUAGCGUUCUGGUUUCGAUUGUGGACAAGGUAACCAAGAAGACAUGGCUUCGAAGCAAUCUGAAUAAGGGCAAGUUAAAUUACUUCUAUUGGUUGCUUGCAAUUCUUGGGGUACUAAACUUCAUAAUGUUUCUGAUCUUAGCGAGUAGGCAUCAGUACAAAGCGCAGCAGAACUUAAACCCUAAUGAUGAAAGCGGAGAGAGAGAGAUUAAAGAGAAAGAGCUUGUGAUGAGUGCAAGUGAAGUGAUAACUGGUGUUGAUGGAAAGGAAGAGGCAUAGAUUAUUAUAUAUUACAUAUUAUGUUUGGUGGUUCUGCAGGUGGUUUAUUUAUAUAUGUAUGGCGUGUGUUAAGAACAAAAUAGUGUUGCAGUGAUUUCUCUGAAAAAAGUGUUUGAUGAGUUGCUGGGCAAUAUGAAGUGUAAAAUCACGUAUAGCAGAUGAUUUGAUUUUAUUCGUAGAAGAGGUGAAGAGGUAAUGAAGUGUGUCCCAUCGAUCAAAUUGGGAACUGGUUAAAAUUUUGAAAAAUCAAGCAGAUAGAAUGUUUGCUUGAUUCAGAUUUCAGAGUCAAGGUUUUCUUUUUGCUUCGCUCAAUAUGAUACUGUUUCCAGGA